UCAUCAAGCUCUCUCUCUCUCUCUCUCUCUCUCUCUCUCCCAUUCCGACCAAGAAGAGCAAGGAAUCGAAACCCUAGAGUAUCCUUCCCCUUUCUCUCUGCAGCCCUUAAUCCAUUCAUGGAGUCUGUGGAACAUCAAAUCCAUCGUUGAUCCUCUAUGGUGCCGAGGCGUCGCGGAGGCUGAAGGCGAUUCGAAGAGUGGGGUUUAGUUCUAGGGUUUGACUUCGUGGAUGGUAAUGGGGGCCACGGGUUCGAAGUUGGAGAAGGCCCUUGGUGACCAGUUCCCUGAAGGAGAGCGCUACUUCGGUCUUGAGAAUUUUGGGAACACCUGCUACUGCAAUAGCGUCCUCCAGGCACUUUAUUUUUGCAUACCUUUUCGGGAACAAUUACUAGAGUAUUAUUCAAAUAACAAGAAUUUGGGUGAUGCGGAAGAGAACCUAUUGACAUGUUUGGCAGAUCUGUUCACACAGAUCAAUUCUCAGAAGAAGAAAACUGGUGUCAUUGCUCCUAAACGUUUUGUACAAAGAGUGAAAAAACAAAAUGAGCUUUUCCGCAGCUAUAUGCAUCAGGACGCUCAUGAAUUUUUGAAUUUUUUGCUAAAUGAACUCGUUGACAUUCUGGAGAAAGAGACCAAUGCUGCAAAAAGCUCCGAAAACUCUCCACCAUCUGACAAGCUUGCAAAUGGACCACGGCAACUGCAAGCCAAUGGUGCGCGGAAAGAACCAAUUGUCACUUGGGUCCACAAAUGUUUUCAGGGUAUUUUAACCAAUGAAACGAGAUGCUUAAGGUGUGAAACCGUCACAGCAAGGGAUGAAACAUUUUUUGACUUAAGCCUUGACAUUGAACAAAAUAGUUCCAUUACUAGCUGCCUCAAAAAUUUCUGUUCGACUGAGACUUUGAAUGCCGAGGAUAAAUUCUUCUGUGACAAGUGCUGCAGUUUACAAGAAGCUCAGAAACGUAUGAAGAUCAAGAAAGCGCCUUAUAUUCUGGUGAUCCACCUUAAGCGCUUCAAGUACAUUGAGCAGCUAGGACGAUACAAAAAACUCUCGUAUCGUGUUGUCUUUCCCUUGGAACUCAAGCUCAACAAUACAAUGGAUAAUUCAGACUCUGAGUACUCACUAUUUGCGGUUGUGGUCCAUGUCGGCAGUGGUCCCAACCACGGCCAUUACAUCAGCCUUGUCAAAAGCCACAACCACUGGCUCUUCUUCGAUGAUGAGAACGUGGAGAUGAUUGAUGAGUCCACUGUGCAGACCUUCUUCGGGUCUUCACAGGAGUAUUCAAGCAACACCGAUCACGGUUACAUAUUGUUCUACGAGAGCAUCGGUGGAAAGAAUUGAAAAUGUGACCUCCCCUCGCUUCAUUCAUGUGAAACGUCAGUGGUAAUGGACAGGGCUAUAUUUUCUUUGAUUCGUUUGCAUUGUACAGAAGAUGGCGACAAAAUCUGUAUUCCCUUUUCCAGUCGAGAUGAAAGAAUAAAUCACAGAGUGUAUAUGGAUGUUAAAAAUUUGGACUCUUGUAUUCUUCACUUGUCAUAUCUUGUUGUAGGAGGGGAAUGUACAUUAGCCAUAUGAUCAAACAAGCUUUAGAACUUGCAAGCCUUGUGGUCUUGCAGUACAAUUUUGCUGAAUCAUGGGAAAAUAACACUUUUAUGUUACUGUGUUGAUGAU